AUGCCAAUUUUGGCUUGAUUUUUCUAAUUGUACCCCUCAAUUGUAAACAGUGCAGACUUAGCCAUCUGGGUAAUUCGGUCUUUUCAGCCCAUCUGGAAAGCAUGAACUACAUCACGCCACGUCUCGCUCUCCCCCCUUGCUUCUCUUCAGCUGAUUCGAGGAAAACACAUAUACACGCGCACACACACACAUAGAGAGACUGAGAGAGAGAGAUCUCGCUCUCCCACCUCCUCCAUGAUUUCUCUCGCCUCCUCCGUAAUUUCCUGCUACUGCGAUUCACGAUAAGAGAGAGAGAGAGAGAGAGAGAGAGAGAGAGAGGAGACAGUGUUGGACGGAAGAAGGAGAAGCCUAGGCGACGGACGGUGAGGAGACAGUGCUUAGAUCGACGGCUCCUGCAUGUGCUUCUAAGGUUUCGGUGGUGAAAUUAGCGGUUGUUGGUCGUUCUGUCUGGUACGGUUCUUGUUUCUUGCAUUUCUCUUUUCUGUGUCGAUUUAUGGACGUGUAGUGCGUUUCGGUUUGCUUCGUUUCGUUGCGUUGUUCUUUGCUUAGAUCGACGGCUCCUGCAUGUUCUUCUAAGGUUUGGCUUGAUUUUUGUGAUUUUUUCAAUUUAUUUUCUUCAUUGUGAUUCGAGGGUUUUUUCGUUUCACCAUUGCACUUACCAAAUGGUGUUUCCUCCGAUUUAUUGGUGAACAAUCAAAGGUUUCGGUGGUUAUGGGUUAAUUAUUUGAGUCAUGAGCAUAUCUUUUUGGGUGGUUGUUUUUGUGUUUGAGGAAAGUUACGGUGUGCUAGCUUCCUUUUAUUGGUUACGUCAGUGUGGCUGGACUUGCGAUGCGUGUGUACUUUCUUUUUUUUUUGGACAGAAUUUGCCAAAUUCUACCCACAUAUUAUGUGAUCAAAUUUUUACAGAUUUAGUCAAAAUUCGACUUGCGCCCGCAACACAAACAGUUUAGCCUAAAUCUCUACCUACUUUUUCUAAUUUUUGCUAUGAGAAAAAGUGAAAAAAUUCUUUGAGAGUGACUUUAGGAGUACAUGAAAUUUUUUACCUUAAAUGCACUGUUUUCAUACAUUGCUCAGCUUCUCUAAGAUUAGUUAGACUAUUUAUUUCUUCACUUACCGCAACAUGUCCGUGUUUUGUCACCAAAUGUUCUUUUUUCAAUUCCUGCUUUAUAGCUUAUGAAUUAUGGUGGAGUAUUGCUUGUCUUAAAACAUAUGUGUCCUAUUUCAGGCAAGUGUAUAUAAAACUGGCUCGGGAUUGUGUGCUGCUUUUCUGGCCAAUAUUGGUACCCAAUCAGAUGCAACUAUGAAUUUCAAUGACAAUUCUUAUCAGUUACCCCCAUGGUUUGUGACCAUCUUACCUGACUGCAAAAAUGUAGUGCUUAACACCGCAAAGAUUAAUUCUCUAACUACAAUUCCAAAAUUUGUGCGUCAAUCUUCGAGCAAUGCAGUUGAUGCUUCAGGAGGAUUUAUAUCUGGCUGGAGUUGGUUUAACGAACCAAUUGGUGUCUUAAGUAGCAAUGCAGUCAUGAAACCAAGGUUAUUAGAGCAAAUAAACAUUACAGCUGACAAAAGUGACUAUCUAUGGUAUUUGUUAAGCACUAACGUUCAAGUUGAUGAGCCUUUUCUUAAAGAUGGAUCUCAAACUGUUCUUCAUGUGGAAUCUCUUGGCCUUGCCCUUCAUGCUUAUAUUAAUGGGAAACUUGCAGGUGAUGUGAACUAAAAGAUUGCAAGUACAUGUAUUUCUUGGGAAGUGAUUUUUUCUUCAUAUGUUUGUUUAUUUGUUGUUCGUACCUCUUUUGGAGGUCGAUGCGCUCUUUCUUCCUUCUAAUCUGUUAGUCAUGGAUACAUAUCACAUCAAAUGCAAUUCACUACCUGCAAAAGAUACUAAUGUAUUGGCAUUUUAUCUCGAUUAA